AGUAAUGGGUGCUGGUAGUUGGUAAUUUCAACACAUUGCCAGGAACAUUUUUGUAAAGUGACUGUAAAACAAACCCAGAAAUCCAUCAGCUUCACAUUGAUUUCCUUAUUUUUUCUCUGAACUUCAGGUAUGUACUUUUUCCAUUGUCUCUUUGCAGGUCAAGUGGUUCAGAUUGCACAGUCAUGUGAAUUCCUCAUAGCGGAACAAAAUACAAAAUAGAUUGUAAAACUGUCAUUGGGUGUCGAAUUCAGAGCCAAUAAAAACCUGAUGUAGAAUAUGGAGUGGGAGUGAACGGAGGGCAGAUAUUACCGGGUAUCUGGAUCGAGCUGGUGCUUUUAUUUGAGGUUCUCGUACCGACUGCCUUCAGGGAUUCCAGCCCAAGGGCACCCAUGGACUGAAUGAGGGAUACACAAAACCUCAAGGAGUGGUCUGAACACACUAUGUGCCAUGUAAGAAAGAGUCACUUGUUUGGAGCCAUUUGUCUAAUCACCUGCUUUAUACUGUCAUUAAACUUUUAUUGCCCGAGGAUGGGAUUGGAUGGGAUGUCGAUGGCAUCAAGCAGUCCACCUGUUUGUGGAGGCCGAGUGCCCCAUGAUACGAUCACACCAUUAAAGGGCCAGAGAACCUUUAUUAUUUCUGCAUACAAGGAUAACAGAAGGAAGAACAUCAUACGGAUCUUGGGGAUCGUCCACCAUAAAGAAGUGAAGGAACUCUACUGUUACUUCUGCUGUAAUUCCAACACCAACGCGAGCACAACCAGAGCGGAAAUUGAUAUCCAUAAGGAUCGGUUUGGGUUCCCUUAUGGUCUGGCCAAUAUCAUCUGCACAGAACCUCCGGACUGUAGAGCGGAAUUUAUUUCAGUUCAUUGGUCUCCUUCUGAAGUCGUCCACAAUCUCACCAGCUUCAGAAUCAGAAAUAGGGAGCCCGGACAGUUUACUGCCAACUUCACCGUCUGCAUCUCCACCAUGUAUGGGAAUUACAGCAACGUCCUGCAGUUCAUCCAGACCAUUGAAAUGUAUAAGAUACUGGGCGCCCAAAAAGUCAUGGUCUACCUGAACAACUGUAGCCGACAGAUGGAGGAGGUCCUUCAGUACUACACCGAGGAAGGGACAGUGGAGGUGAUCCCCUGGCACAUUCAGCGAUAUCUGAAGGUAACUAAAAAUUGGCAGUAUCGCAAUGAUGACACAGAAAUUGGUUAUUAUGGGCAGAUAUCGGCACUUAAUGACUGUUUGUACAGAAACAUGUACUCUAGCAAGUUUGUUGUACUCAACGACCAGGAUGAAAUAAUUCUGCCUUUCAAGCACCGGACUUGGGACACCAUGAUGGAAAGUCUUCAACGGGAAAACCCCAACGUGGGAAUCUUCCUCUUUGAGAACCAUAUUUUCCCCAAUACUUUGGUUUCCGAUGGGAAUUUUACCAACACAUCCUCAUGGAACAGGGUCCCGGGGUCCAACCUACUGCAGUAUAUACACCGGGAACCGGCCCAUCCUAUAUUCAUAAAGGCCAGGAAAAUGAUAGUGGAUCCAAGGGCAGUGAUCCAAACAUCUGUUCACUAUACCCCGAAACAGUACAAAAACUCUAAGAAUAUCCCUCUAGGAACUGCCCUGGUUCAUCACUGCAAAGGCCCCAAGCAGCCCCAGCUGCCCAGAGCAGCCUUAAUUGAGGAUAAAACGAUAUGGAGGUAUAAUGGUUCCUUAAUUUCAAAUGUUAACCGGAUGCUUAAAAGGUUUACUCGGAAGACAUGAUUAAAUGCCCAAUGGUGGUGACUCUUGUUGAGUGGUGUGGUGUUCAGUUGAGUUAUCUGUGGGGGGGUUUGGUUAUGGUUCAUAAUGUUCCUAGCCAGCCAAAACCCAACACUAAGAGCCCAUGAAAACAUAUUUCUUCAUCUCGACAAAGGCAAGAGACUGUAUAUGGAGACUGCAGAAGAUAUAAAUGUAUAAGUCAUCAUUUGGUCUCACAGUAAGAUUUCCAUUGAUCCUGUAUGAUGAAAAGUACAGUAUCCAGUACAAUAACUGCAAGCCUACUGAUCUGGAAAUCUCUGUUAUUUUUUUGAGAAACAAAAACAUUUAUAUGUAUUUCUGGGAGUUCAGAUAGUGUUGGCUUUUAUACUUGCAUGCAGCAGUUAGAUUUGGUGGAGAAUGCAGAUUUGCUCCCUUAUAUAGACCAGCUUGAAGGUCAGCAAGGGUGAUAAUGUAUCUGUUCCCCCUAGAUGUUCUUGGAACUGAGGCCGAAUGACAACAAUAAUGACAAUGCGACAAUAUUCUCCUACAUCUUUAUCCUUGUUAUGAGCUAAGGGAGCCCUGAUGGACCCUAGACUCUAGUAAUGGGUAAUAUGGUGCAGCCCCUUUUGUAGUGCUAAGGAAAUAAACACCCACACUAGGGUUUAUAACACACGGGCUACUUUACUAAACAAAAUGGCUACAGACAAACACUCCUAAACUAUACACACAAUGCUACAGUGAAUAAAACCUUUAUAACACUUGAUAGGUUGUGAAGUCCAAUUUACAUCUUCAACCAAAGGCCAUCAUCCAUUAACAUCAAAGAGUAAACAGUUGGGUAGAAGAUACAGGCAAAAUGCCAAGUUAUGCUCCAAAUGGCCUUCAGGCUGAGUACCCAGCCUCUUCUCCGUGCCCUUAGGACGAGCAGACUGACAGUAUGAUGAAUUAGCUAUUUCAACCCGACACAAUUUACGGGGUGUGGAAAAUAACAUAAUUAGGUGUGUCAGUAAAGUAUUGGGCUGAGCGGCUAAAUACCGGGCGGGCUGCCAAGGAAUGGUGAGUGGCACAGCCUCGCUGGGAUUAAAUAUUGGGUAAAAGGAAACGUUCCAUAAAGAGACUUCCUUGAUGAUCAGGUGACUUGGAAAGAACCAUGAGAAAGCCAUGACUGGGGGCCACUGUAUACUCGGCACAUUGAAUCUUUACACUGUGGCUACAUGGGCCCAGGGGCAGAGUUUGCUUCAGGACCUUCUCUUGCAGUCGCGCCUGGGGCAACAACGAGUCCCCAUAUGGCAUUCAUGGGGCAUAUUGGGCAUAUAUGAGGCAGGAAUGUGGCUAAACUGCACGUAUACACGGUGCCAGCGGAUGAUAUUUUGGGGCUUUCCGUUUCCAGGGAGCACCGAUACACAAACAUAU